AUGGGGUGGUUCUGGGGCCGCGGGGCGCGCGACGCGCUCGCGCCGUACCAGCGGCAGCUGUCGAAGAUCGCGGAGGAGGAGCGGUCCGUGGAGGCGCGCGUGCGGCGCGUGCGGGCGGUGCAGUGGAGGGUGCAGCAAUUCGUCGGUCUAGCGGGGCCCGUCUUGCUCGGGGCGGAGAUUUUGUUCGAGAAGUGGCGAAUACGGAGGGCAGACGCGGGCCUGACGGUCCAGAUCAGCGCUCUCUACCGGCUGGGACGCGCCACGGCGCUUUGGGCGCUUGCGUACUGGCUGGUGGGGGUGCUCGGGAGCGCUCUCGCGGGGUUGCUGCGGCGCAGGAUGGCGAAGGCGGCUGCGAAGCGCAACAAGGUCCUCAAGAAGUGCGAGGAGCGCGCUUCCUUCCACGACGUUCUGCGCGUGCUCGCCGAACAUGACCCGGCGCACUUGCGCAGCCUGGUGGAGGGCGCCGGACUCUCGCUGUCGGCCGGGCAGCCGGCCAGCGCGCCCAGGGAAGAGACCUCACGGGGGAGUCAGGCGGGGGGUGUCAAAGAGGGCGCCGCGGAGGCGGAGCGCGGCGACACCGAGGCGGCGGCGAAGCUCCGGGGCGUCGAAGAGGAGCUCGCGAGGGCGCGCGUGGCGUGCGCGGCGCUGCAGCGGUCGAACGACGCCCUGCGGGAGGAACAGUCGCGCCUGCGGAGGGUCGUGGAGGGCCUGGGGGGCGACCCGACAGCGGAGGUCCCGGAGCGGUGA